CUUGUUUCCAGGGCGUAUUUCCUUGACGCCAUUUCGUGCCUUCGUCUGUUGGUCGGUGUCUACUGAACGAGCUGGUACGGACUGUAUCCACAAAACAGUACAGCACCGAAUUUUAAUCAUUUUUAGUCUUAAACUCCCGUUUUUGAGGAAGCUUUUUUUGAACCACGUCAAUCCAAUCAGGCAGACAGACGACUCGACCUGAAUUACAGACAGAAUGGAUCAUUCCCCUUCAACCAGCAGCCUGAUGGCCAGUAACGUCACCAACAAGACGGAUCCACGUUCACUGAACUCCCGGGUCUUCAUCGGGAACCUCAAUACAAUGCUGGUGACCAAAGCCGACGUGGAGGCCAUCUUCAGUAAGUACGGGAAGAUUGUGGGCUGCUCCGUGCACAAAGGCUUUGCGUUCGUCCAGUACGUCAACGAGAGGAACGCCAGAGCGGCGGUCGCAGGUGAAGAUGGGAGGAUGAUCGUCGGACAGGUGCUCGAUAUUAAUCUGGCUGGUGAGCCAAAACCUCAUCGUUCAAAAACUAUCAAACGCUCUGCAGGAGAUAUGUACAGUGUUUUCUCCUCCAGCAGUUCCUCAUUUGAUCUGGACUAUGACUUUCAGAGAGAUUACUAUGACAGGAUGUACUCGUACCCAUCGCGUGUCCCCCCUCCUCCUCCUCCUCUCUCGCGGGCGGUGAUUCCCUCCAAACGAGCGCGUGUUAGCGUUAGCACCGGCGGCAGCCGCAGGACCAAAACCAGCUUCUCCUCCAAGAGCAGCCAGCGCACGUCCCGCACCAUGAAAGCUGAUGAUCUACAAACCAUUAAGAAAGAACUGACUCAGAUUAAACACAAAGUGGACUAUCUGCUGGAGAGCCUGGAGCGCAUGGAGAGAGACCACAGCAAGAAAUCAGAGGUGAAGAGCUCUAAACCAGAGGAAGCCUCCCCGCAGCACUCCAGCGGGAAGAAAGAGCGCGAGAGCACGGACAUGAACGACUAUGAGGACGAGGGAGACCUGCUGGAGGAAGAGGAGAUCAAGAGUCGAGGAAGGGAGGAUGAUGAUGAGGAAGAAGAGGGUGAGCAGGAGGAAGGAGAGGAUGAUGGAGACAGCACCAAUGGAGACCAUUCUUAAACGUGUCCGACGCGGACACACAUGCAUGCUCACCAUCAGAUAUAGAGUAGAUCCUCUGACCUUCAAUGCACCCUUAGUUUUAUUUUAGAAGUCCAGAACAGUAAGACUCAUCAUGAAAAUGAAUCUCAGCUUUACACUUUAUCGCAUGAACCCCGGACUUCAGCCAGCGUCCUCUGAGAUCUCGUCAGUCUUAACCAAAUCUGCAUUUAGAAAAAUAAAAUUACAUUUUCUGCUUUAGGAUUGAGAAACUACUUUUAAUUGCAGUGAAAUCUCCUUCAUUGCUGUGACAUUGUGGCAUCACCAUGCCAAGCUGUUUUAAUACUGCCAUCUCAAAGGCUUAGAUGUGUUUGCAAAAUAAAUGGAAGAGGAACUACUUAGAAGUGCUAUGAUUGGAUUUUACCAAAACUGUUAUAGUUUGUGCUUGGAUGAAGGUUAGAGAGGGGGAAAAAAAACAGUUUUGUAACUUGGCAACCCAUUAAAGACAAACUCUAAUAAUCAACAUCCUAAAUGACUAUUGUAAGUUCACUAGAUGAUUGACACAUUGAUGAGCCAAUCAGAAUGCAUCGAAUUUGGAGAUUACAGCUCCUAAAGAGACACUAACAUGCAUUUUGUACAUGUAACCUUGUUCAUUGGUUUGCACCAAUUGGAUUGUCAAGCCUAGUAAACAUUCGCUGUCCCACUCCAGGCACGUUCAGGUCCUUCUCAUCGGUUUUAAGAUCUCAAGCCGCCGCAUGAGUUACGGUGGUGAUAAUGGUGGCUGGAGUUUGGGAAGGUUCUGCCAUGGUCUUGAGGUCAUUUUAACCAGCCUGUGUAGACUAAUAUUACACAGAUGCGCUCAAAUACAUGUGAAAGUCCUUCCUUACCAAUGUUUUUCUUGAGUCCUGUGGUUGUGAGACCCUUCUGUGCAGGGUUCUGUUAAGCGUCAUCAUCUUCCCCAACACAUACUAGAGAAUUAUUAGAUCUCGGAUUGCUUUCCAGUCGAGUCCCGAAGCUUUUGACGGACUUCAGUCCCCAAACCCUGAGCUAUCUGAACUCAUCCAGCAGGAGUUUGUUUGUUUGCGUCGGUUGUGGCGCAGCAGUGUUCCUCUAGGACCCCUUUUGGGAAAUAAAUGUAGAGUUACUCAUCCUGACCAGUGGGCGGCAGUGUGGCCCAGUUAUGUUAUUUAACCUCUCAGAGAUACUGCUUGAUUUAACUGUUUUAUAUUCAUAAUGGGGUCACUGAGUUUGUGAAUAAGUUUGGAUUGUACAGUCAUUGUAAUUUUACCCGUGGGUUUGUAUCUGUGUACAGUGACACUAAGAGCUGAGUUUGCUUCUGAUAAAUACAAGCUGUGUUUGUUGCCGUUUUCUUUUCUUUUGUUCGUUUCUGUUUUUUGUUUGGUCUGUGUAAUAAGUUUCAAUAAAUCUAUGAAUGAAA